UUCUGCACAUCUUUUUUAUGGUUUAGGUUGCUGAAAUAACUGGUGUUGUAGAAACUGCAAAGGUUUACCAGCUUGGGGGUACCAGGACAAAUAAAGGACUACAGUUACGGCAUGGCAGUGACCAACGUGUGUUUCGUCUGGAGUUUGUUUCAAAUCAGGAAUUUACUGAAAGUGAGUUCAUGAAGUGGAAGGAAGCGAUGUUCUCUGCUGGUAUGCAGUUGCCUACACUAGAUGAGAUAAACAAGAAGGAAGUGUCCAUCAAAGAAGCCCUCAACUACAAAUUUAAUGACCAAGACAUUGAGGAGAUUGUGAAAGAGAAAGAGAGGUUCCGAAAAGCCCCUCCCAACUAUGCCAUGAAGAAAACUCAGCUACUAAAGGAGAAGGCUAUGGCAGAGGACUUGGGGGACCAGGACAAAGCAAAACAGAUUCAAGAUCAGCUUAAUGAACUGGAAGAAAGAGCAGAGGCCCUGGACCGCCAGCGGACAAAGAACAUUUCUGCAAUCAGUUACAUCAACCAGAGGAAUCGAGAAUGGAACAUUGUGGAGUCUGAGAAGGCUCUAGUGGCUGAAAGUCACAAUAUGAAAAACCAGCAAAUGGACCCUUUUACUAGGCGGCAGUGCAAGCCCACGAUAGUGUCCAAUUCCAGGGAUCCUGCUGUCCAAGCUGCCAUCCUCGCCCAACUAAAUGCAAAAUAUGGAUCUGGUGCUUUACCGGAUGCUCCAAAGGACAUGGGCAAGGGUCAGGGGAAGGACAAAGACGUGAAUUCGAAAUCAGCUAGUGACCUCUCAGAGGACCUGUUCAAAGUGCAUGACUUUGAUGUGAAGAUUGAUCUUCAGGUUCCCAGCUCAGAGUCUAAGACACUUGCCAUCACCUCCAAAGCUCCACCAGCAAAAGAUGGUGCCCCUCGGCGAUCACUGAACCUGGAAGACUACAAGAAAAGGCGGGGGCUUAUUUGAGCAUACCCACUCCGCUGCUUCCAAUCCUGCAUGCUCCACGAUGAUGUCCCAACUUCUCUUCUUCCUCCCUUUUUCAGUUUCCCUUUUGGGUUGGAGCAGCAAUGGAGCUGGGAAGAGACUCUUUAAAACUGCCAGUCAUCUGUAACAUAAACCAUUUGACUAUUUACUGUAUAGACCUCCCUUCUUGCCCUUUCACAAAUGUGGAUCUGUGCUAUUUGGGGUUCUCCCACUUCUUUUUUUUUUUUUUUUUUUUUUUUUUUUUUUUUUUAUUGUUGAUGCAGCUCGUUGGUCUACUCUAAGUGUUCAGUAUUAGCCUCAAGUUGGGAUUUCUGUAGGAAUCUCUUUGGUGGUGGCAGCAUCGGCACUCGGUGAUCUCUCUUUACAUACCACCACCAGGCACGGCGAGUAAACAUUGGCACAAGACCUUUGUGGCUUGAAGGUCAUCUGCACUUUCUUCCUUCUCUUCUUCCUCCUCCUAGCUCUGGAGAAGGGAAACUUCAAAAACUGGCUUAGGUUCAAAGUGUAAAUUUUUGGGGGGAGGGUGUUAUGUAACUUUUUUUCAGGUUUUUUUAUCAUUUUUUAUGCUGCAGUACUAUUUGUAUCAGUCUGUCACAUUUCUUUACGGCUGUUUUGAAUUUCUACCAGCUGUAUUUGAGCAUCUGAAAUUGAAAGAAAGAAACUCAUUAAAUGUGAUUCUUAAUAAACAGGCCUGGCUGAUAUACCUUCACGUUCCCCUUUUUACUCACACAUACUUGUUGAGAGUCCCACAAACAACUCUUGUAUGAGACUCGUCCUCUGUAGAUUUGUAGUGUAUCUUGAGUCUCUUGCUGUAGCUGAAUGAAGUCUCUUGCUGUAGCUUCUGGGAUGCCCCCUGGGCGCUCAUCAGGCAGGCUCCUAUAUUUCUUCUACAAAUCCAACUAAUCAUUCAAUGUCCUAUCUGUCUCAUGUCACCUUGUCUUUACUGGGCUCCAACCUGUUUGUGGUUUUUGGUUUUUUUGCUUUGUGAGCAAUUCUAAACUUGGCUUUAAAAAAGAAAUCAGUUCAUAUUGUGUGGAAGGGGAAGGACAAGGUAGAAACUGUGCUGAAAAUGUACGAGGGCAGUUCCUGAUGCAUAUUUUCUAUAUAUAACUGGUACAGGUGCAGUAAAACACUAGCACAAGGAUUGUAUGGCUUUAUGGAAUGUUUGACUAGAAACAAGAUGACUGCUUGAUAAUCACUCAGGUGUAAAAAUCCAGUGUAAAUAUAAGUGGCAUUUAACAAAGAGCUUUUCAAAACAAAUGCAACUGAAUAUACUGAAUUAAGAACUAAAUUAAAAAAAGCAUUAGAGGUCUGACAGUUCAGAGGCCCUGACUGAGUUAAGCACCAAAGCAUGAGGUUAAGCGCUGAACAAAUAAGGAUGCUCUUCUAAAUUGAGGCUUGAAGGAAUGGAAGAUCCUGACACCUCCUCGUGGAGUGUCGUAGCAUGAUUUUUCUAAGAGCCUGUAUAGUGGUGAUAUCUAAACCUGAGUCUGACUCUUGGUGACUUGCUUGUUGGAUCCUUAAUGAAACUUUAAUCUAGCUCUUAUUUUAAUUUUCUUUUGUUAAUUUUUUAACAGUAGUUUUAAAGAAAUGUCAUGUAAUUGUGUGAAAAUUGAUAUAAUGAACUGUGU